UUGAUGAUGUCCUUUAACUGUUGAAAGACUCUGAAUGUGGGAAGCAUUUGGAAAAUGAACUCAUGCUUGCUUCAAUGGCGGCUAUUACAGUUGUGUACUGUUAACUAUUUGUGACGAAAAGAAGAGUCUUUAGCUACUACCCAGAACCAGAGAACAUAGACCAAGCCAUCGCCAACCAAAAACCACAACAAGAAACCAACAGUAGCCUAUCUCCUGAAGAAGCCCUGGGCUAGCUGGGUCGCUGGCUACUGUAACAACAGUGAGAAAUUUAGGAGAGGAAUGAUUUACGAGGAGGGAAAAGUGUUGGGUUGAUGAUGAUGAGUAAUAAUGAUGAUGAGAGAAGGUGGUUUAUUAUGCGGCUCAAGAUGUCAAGACUGUGGAAACCAAGCCAAGAAAGAGUGUAUUUACAUGAGAUGCAGGACUUGUUGUAAAAGCAAAGGAUUUCAGUGUGAAACACACGUCAGGAGCACCUGGAUUCCUGCUUACAGAAGGCGCCGAAGGCCUCAAAGUCUUUCUUCUUCUUGUGCUACAGCUGCUGCUGCUGUUCUUGCUAUGCAACAACAGCACUCUUCAGAUCAACACAACCCUAAAAGGCUUAGAGAAAAUCCCUUAACAGCAGGUUUAGAAGUGGGGAAUUUUCCUGCUCAAGUGAACUCCAUAGCUACAUUUCGUUGUUUUCGUGUGAGUUCCGCUGAUAAAGCAGAAGAUCAGUUUGUAUAUCAGACGAGUGUGAAUAUAGGAGGCCAUAUUUUCAAGGGCAUUCUUUAUGAUCAAGGCCCUGAAGAGAGCUCCUCCGGCCACCUGCAAGACCCUAAUCUCACAAAUGCCGGUGGUGCCCUAUCCACUGCUACUGCUGCUUUAGCUUCAACCUCUUCAUCAGUUGCUGCAGAUUCGCUUGCUGCUUCGUACACGUUUCCCCUUAAUGCCUUCAUUUCCGGUACGCAACUUUUCCUCCACCCAAAAUCUUAGGGCUUGUUUGGUUUCAUCACCAGGAUGCUAAUCUGUAUUUUUAGUGACGGAUCUGUGCCAUGCUAAAGAUCUGUUUUUUCUUUAAGGGGAUCCCCUUCAUCACCUUUGUUAUAUAUGUGUCUACAUUAUUAUUAUUAUUAUUAUUAUUACUAUUAUUGGUGGUCUGAAUUGGAAGUGAA